AUAUAAUCGUAAUGACCUCCCUUGACCUACUCUUGGGGUUUCUUUGGUUGAAGAGUCCGAGAAACUCCCUAGUGUAUCUCCCCCGAGGCUUGUACAUAAAACGUCAACCGAUCUUUUUUUCUUAUCUUUUGCCUGAUAUCUUCGAUCCACUGACAUGGAAACUCAGCCCAAAUCGGCCGCUGCGGACCAGCACCAAACGAAUGGAACAAGUACACCGUACCAAACCCACCCACUUGGACCUCUAUCAGCAGAGGAAAUCAGUCGGAGCGCCAACCUGAUCCGCGGUGCAUGGCCCGAAGGGACAAAGUUUCAAUUCAAGGUCAUAACCCUCUCGGAACCGGCAAAGGCGCAGCUCAUCCCUUAUCUGGAUGCCGAGAAGAAGGGACAAGCGACGUCACCUAUUGAUCGACGUAGUUUUGUCGGGUACUACAUCAGGAACACGCACAAACUCCAUGAAGCCAUCGUCAACCUGACACAAAAUGUAGUGGAGAGCAACGUCCUUCUCGGACCAAACCUCCACGCCAAUGGCGACGCCGAGGAGCUUUUGGAGAUCGAGGAGAUGCUCGCCUCGGAUCCCAGUGUAAUGGCCGAAGUUGCCAAGCUGAAGUUGCCUGAAGGGACAAAGCUUGUAGCGGAUCCCUGGAUAUAUGGGUCCGACGGUGUCAACGAGGGAAACUUUAGUGACGAAAAGCGUCUGUUUCAAUGUUUCUUGUACAUGAGGGACCCGAAUAAUGCUUCUAUGACGGAAAGUUGCCAUUAUGCUUUUCCCUUACCGAUAUCACCAGUCGUAGACCCCACGACUAUGAAGGUAGUUCGUAUCGACAUUCUGCCAACGGGUCUUGAUACCAAAGUUAGGCCUUUGUCGCCAUGGGAGCCCGCACCACCCAAUGAGUAUGUUGCCGAGGCGCAGCCAGCCCUGCGGACAGACCUGAAGCCUUUGCGGGUGCUGCAACCAGAAGGCGCUUCAUUCAAGGUCUCCAAGUUCUCCGAGACAGGUCAUCGAGUCUCAUGGCAAAAGUGGGACUUCAAAGUGGGAUUCAACCAGAGGGAGGGUAUGGUUCUUUAUGACGUUCACUACGACAGCAAGCCCCUCUUCUACCGCCUGAGCUUGUCAGAUAUGUCGAUCCCCUACGCCGACCCUCGGCAUCCUUUCCACAAGAAGGCAGCCUUUGACCUUGGCGACGUGGGUGCGGGCAUCAUGGCCAACAACCUAGGCCUGGGAUGCGAUUGCCUCGGCUCCAUCUACUACAUCUCGGGAGUUUUAAGCAAUAGUGAAGGACAGCCAGUCGACUACCCCAACGUCAUCUGCAUCCACGAGCAGGACGCAGGUCUACUCUGGAAGCACACCAACUACCGGACAAACAAGGCCAGUCUCGUGCGCAACCGAGAGCUAGUCCUGCAGACGAUCCUGACCGUGUCAAACUACGAGUACAUCCUCGCCUGGAUCUUCAACCAGGCCGGAGACGUGACGUACGAGGUCCGCGCGACGGGGAUCCUCAGCACGCAGCCGGUGGACAGGGAUCUGCAAAAGACCCCCCACCCGUACGGCACGGUCGUGCACCCGGGGGUGCUGGCGACGCACCACCAGCACUUCUUCUCGUUGCGCAUCGAUCCCAUGGUGGCAGGACACGGCAACACGGUGGUGUACGACGACGCGGUGCCCCUCGCGCGCGACGCGACCACCAACCCGCACGGCGUCGGCUACACGGUCGAGACGAUCCCCAUCGAGACGUCGGGCGGCUUCGACCUCGACAGCUCCCGCGGCCGCGUGUUCCGCAUCACCAACCCAGCCGUCCGCAACGCCGUCAACGGCGCCCCCGCAGGCUACAAGCUCCAGAUCCCCUCCAUGCAGCCCAUCCUCGCCGACGCCGACAGCUUCCACCGGCGCCGGGCCGAGUUUGCCGACCGCUCCGUGUACGUGACGCGGUACUCCGAGGGGGAGCUGUUCUCGGGCGGGCAGUACACGAACCAGAGCCGGGGUGGGACCGGGGUGAGGACCUGGGCCGAGCGGAAAGAGUCGCUGGCCGGCGGCGACCCGGUGGUGUGGGCGCAGUUUGGCAUCAACCACGUGCCCAGGAUCGAGGACUUCCCCGUCAUGCCCUGCGAGGUGCUGAGGGUCACGAUGAGGCCGGUCAACUUUUUCGACAGGAACCCGGCGCUAGACGUGGCGCCAAGCACGCAAGACUUUAACCAAAGCGUAUUGCUGAAUGGGGCCGGCAGUGGUGGUGGCAGUUGUGGUACCAAUGGGAGCGUUUGCGGGAGCUAAGGCUGGGGCUGUGGGUUGUUGUUACUGCUUACUGUAGCACAAGCGGGGAACAAAAAAGCUCCAAAUUUGGGGGUUGUGACAGGGAUCAUAUGCCAGUCCUGAAUUUUAGUGCCUGCCAAUGCCUGCCGACUGUUGUUAUCCAUCCAAUCCAUUGUAUUGUCGUAUCCGUAGAUGUGAUCGGCACCGUUAUCGCAGGGUACAAUAUCGGCGACCAGGAGAAUCAAAUGUGCAUCAAUAUCUUUAAUUACAAGGCCAGACCUUGUGGCCGUUGUUUAAAUUUUGAGUCCG